AUGAAUAUUAUCCUGGAACAUACUGAAGAUGGAGUUACUAUUCCUCACAGAACCUAUCUGAAAACACCUGCUGAGUUCUCGGAUGAGGAUAAUGAGCUGAUAAAUCUAGAUGUAACUCUACAGCUCAUUCUGAUCGAAUCAUUGGAUCCAAUAAUGUACAAUAAUGUUGUCAAUUGUACAAGUGCUAAGCAGAUAUGGGACACUCUGCAAAUUAUCAAUGAAGGAUCUGAGGAAGUACGGGAAAACAAGAAGGAAAUUCUUGUGGCUCAAUACGAGCAAUUUGGUUCUAAUCCCGGAGAAGGAAUUUUUGAAGUAUUCAUCAGAUUCAACAAUUUGAUAAACAAUUUGAAUCUGAAUGGGAAAUACUACGACAACAAAGAGGAUAACCGCCAUCAGAGAGAAAGCAGAGAUUUGACAGAGAUCUCAUUGGAACAGCUGUAUGGGGUUCUGAAAACCUAUGAAUUGGAACAGGCUCAAACUAAACAGAGAUACGGAUGGGGAAAGACACUGAACACGUCUACGUCUGUCAGCAAUUCUACUGCCCUCAUAAUACAAUCACCUCUUGUGAAAGAAAGGAAGGUUGUUGUACCUUCAAGAAGCUCCCAGGAGUAUGUUGUGCCGGAAAUGGGACAUACUUCAUUAAGUACGGGAGAUGAUGAAUUUUACUCGAUGGAAGAGUUAGAUCAGCUGGAGGAUGAAUCUCUUGCUAUGUUUGCCAGGAAGUUUGGUAACAUGAGAUUUAGGAAGAAUCCCUCCUACAAGUUUAAAUCUUCUGGUAGUAAAUUUCAGAAAGGGGGAUCUUCAUCCACAACAUCAAAAGGGGCUUACAAGACUGGGAUGGUUGAUCGAAGCAAGUUUAAAUGUUUCAACUGUGAUGAGCCUGGUCACUUUGCAUCAGAGUGCAAGAAGCCCAAUCAGCUGGCAAAGAAGAAAGAAUCUUAUGACGAGCUAAAACAGAAGUAUGAGGCUCUGCUAAAGAAGCAUCAAGGCCAAAGCAGCCAAGGGAAGUCCUAUGUGGCAAAAGGAAAAAGCUGGGAUGACACAGAUAGUGAUGAGGAGGAAGAGCGGGGGAAUGUUGCUCUAAUGGCUUUCAUGAAACCUUCUACACCUCCACAUCGCACUGGCGGAUUUCCGGUAGAUCCUACUUGCCCUAAACUUUUUAUGCAAUUAGGACUUGAACAUGAUGAUGCUCUUAAUAAGCUGAAAGCUUUAACUCUAGAACACAAAGCUUUAAAGCUGGAGGUUCAUGAGUUAAAAGAAAAACUAGUGCUCACCCCUAAAAUUGAACAACUAACUAGUCAGUUAUUGACUCAGACUAAUAAAGUCGAAGUGUUAGAAUUUAGGGAGAAAAAGUUGAAUGAGCAGUUAGCUGAAGAAAAGGUUAGGAAUGAUAACAAUACAUGCUCUUCUACUAAUAACACUAGAGCUUCUGAAAAUGUUAAUGUAGAAACUAUUAAACCCCCUGUUGUUCUGAAUAACAUGCCUACUAUUCCUUUAGUUGAUAUGUGCCAUAAACCUUGUGGUGUUGAUAAUUGCAUGUUGUGUGCGUUUAAUGUAAUGUCUGCUUAUUUCAAAAGUUUGCAUGCUAACAAAGAAAACACAACACCUAGAAAGCACAUGAAUAGUAAGUUUGCAAAAACCAAGACUACUGGUCCUUCCCCUAUCAAGAAGGAUACUUAUGUUCCUAAGCCUAAACCUAAAGUGUUCAAGGCUAUUUGUAGGAAAGUAAGUACAGUCAAGGUGGAUGCUGAUGUUAUUCGAACAGGAUCUAUUGUCAAAGCUGACAAAGGUCAAUUCUUUAAGUAUGCCGGGCCCAACCAAGUUUGGGUUCCGAAGAAGGACUCAAGCACAAUCUUCCGUGACAAGGGAUUCCAAGUAAACUUUGUCAAGGAGAAGUAUUUGAUAUCUCAAACUAAAGAUGACCGUCUUGCUCUCUGUGGAGUAAGAAAAGCUAACUUGUACGUAGUUGAUCUCAAAUCAGGAACCAAUGAUGAAGAUAAUUGUUUCUAUUCAAAGGCUGCACCUGAAGAUAGUUGGCUAUGGCAUAAGAAGUUGUCUCACCUUAAUUUUAAAAUUGUAAACUCUUUGGUCAAGAGGGAUUUGGUGAGAAGACUGCCUCCUUUGGAAUUCACUCUACAAGGACUUUGUGAGGCAUGUCAGAAUGGGAAGGCUAAGAUAGCAUCAUACAAAGGCACAGACACCAGUAACAUUACUAAACCACUUCAACUAUUACAUGUGGAUUUAUUUGGUCCAGUCAAUGUGAUGUCUUUAUCAAGAAAGAGAUAUGCCUUGGUGAUUGUUGAUGACUUCUCUAAAUUCACAUGGGUUUUAUUCCUACAUUCUAAGGAUGAAACUCCACAAUUGAUUUUGCUCCGACAAGGGAUAACAAGACAAUAUUCAGCGCCAGGGACUCCGCAACAGAAUGGAGUAGUAGAAAGGAAGAAUCGUACCUUGAUUAAAGCUGCAAGGACAAUGCUAAGCAAAUCAAGGUUGCUCAUCUACUUUUGGGCUGAAGCUGUGAAUACUUCUUGUUAUACUCAGAAUCGAACUCUGAUCAACAAGGAACACAUGAAAACUCCUUAUGAGCGUAUGAACGGAAAAAAACCAACGGUCAAGUACUUUCAUGUAUUUGAGCUAAAUGCUUUGUGCUUAAGGAUGGAAAUGAACAUCGUGGAAAGUGUCAACGUUACUUUUGAUGACACUAAACUCCCAAAUAUCCAAAUUGAAGAUCCAUCUGAGUCACUAAAGUUUGAUAAUUAUCUGGACUCAAACUCAGAUGAUGAUGAUGAAGCACCUGAUGCUGCAACAGGUAAUGACAAUAACAACGUUGAUAUUGAUCCAGGUAUUGGUGGAGAAAACAAUGGAAACACUGUGGACUCUACUAAUGCUAGUGGUGGAUCAUCUAGUCAACCUGGCAGCAACUCAGGAGGAGAUGGUGGAUCAACUGGUCAAACACAGCAUCUCAAUGAUAAUUCUGGCGAAUCAUCAAGAUUAUAUCUUCCAAGGGAGAUGAUCUGGAGUAGAGAUCAUCCCUUUGAACUAAUCUUUGGUGAUCCAGAUGAAAAACCGAAGAAAAUUGAAGAUGCACUAGCCGAUCCGGAAUGGGUUCUUUCCAUGCAAGAAGAGCUCAAUCAUUUUGAGAGACUAGAAGUCUGGGCCAUGGUCUACCAGAAUAUGCUUGAUGGUGAUGGCAUUGUUGUACGGAACAAAGCCAUACUGGUUGCUAAAGGUUACUCCCAAGAAGAGGGAAUUGAUUAUGAUGAAACCUACGCUCCAGUUGCACGUCUUGAGAGUAACUAUGAGAUGAGUAUGAUAGGUGAACUGUCAUUCUUUCUUGGUCUUCAAGUAAGUCAGAAAGAUGAUGGGAUCUUCAUUUGCCAAUCAAAAUAUGUCAGAGAUCUUCUGAAGAAAUACAAUAUAGAAGACUCUUCAUCGGCAAAGACACCCAUGACCACUGCCGCUAAGCUUGACCAGGACAUAUCUGGUAAGAAAGUUGAUAUUUCAAGCAAUAGAGGUAUCCGGUACCCUAAGAACACUGGUUUUGACCUAACAGGCUAUACAGAUUCUGAUUAUGCAGGAUGCAGGAUUGAUAGGAAAAGCACUUCUGGAAGCUGUCAGUUUCUAGGACGACGGUUGGUUUCCUGGUACAACAAGAAACAACACUCAGUAUCUACCUCGACAGCGGAAGCAGAAUAUAUUGUGGCAGGUAGCUGUUGUGCUCAGAUCUUAUGGAUUAGGAAUCAGCUUAAUGACUAUGGACUUGUAUUAAACAAAAUUCCCUAUAUUUUGUGA